UCGAAUUUCAGAUCAGUUUUUUAAUGAUUUCGGUUAAAAGUUAGUAAUAAACUCAUAAAAGUUGGAAUGCUCAUUCUGAGUGCAUCCCGAUUCGUUCGAGGCGUUCAAGCCACAUCCAAUGGAUUUCCUUUUAUUCAUCAUGCAGUUGGACAAAAUCUACGAGUUAAACUCUCCUACAACACUGUUGCUCAUAGGGCAGCCUUCUCCUUCAGUGAAAAUAAGAAUGUCUUCUCUGUAUCUCAGUAUGCCAAGUCUGAGUUCUUGACUGUGCAAUGUCGUAGCCUACGAACAACCAGUUUUCAUUUUGAUAACGACCCACUCAAACCUUCUUCAAAAGUUGAAGAAUCAGUUCUGGCCUUCAAAGAAGAUCUGAAAAAAGAGCAAAAGAAAUCGGCUGCCAUACAACCAUCUGUAACACCUGUUGUUGCGAAACCAUCUCUAGGAAAAAGGAUUAUGGAUGAGCUCAAACACUAUUAUCAUGGUUUUCGUCUGUUAUUUAUAGAUAUCAAGAUUUCAUGGAAUCUUCUUUGGCGUGUGCUGAAAGGGGAAAUGUUGACCAGGAGAGAGAAAAAACAACUGGUUAAGACUUCGGCCGAUGUCUUUCGUCUUGUGCCAUUCUCUGUCUUCAUCAUCAUUCCCUUCAUGGAAUUUACUCUUCCCAUCUUUCUGAAGCUGUUCCCCAACAUGCUACCGUCUACGUUCCAAACAGCCAAUGAAAAAGAAGCUAAAAUGAAAACUGAAUUAAAGGUUAAACUAGAAAUGGCAAAAUUUUUACAACAAACACUGGAUGAAAUGGCUUUGAAACGCGCCGUUGGUAGUGGCCAUCAGAGUUAUACGGCAAAAGAGUUUGCAGAAUUCUGUUCCAAAUUACGCAGCUCAGGCCAACAGGCUUCCAACGAAGAAAUUCUUCGUUUCUCAAAACUAUUCGAAGACGAGAUAACCCUGGAUUCGCUGACACGGCCGCAAUUAAGAGCAUUGUGUCGGGUACUUGAGCUUAGUACAAUUGGUCCGAACAGCUUACUCCGUUUUCAGCUAAGAAUGAGACUUCGAAGCCUGGCCGCCGACGACAAGGUGAUUCAGAAAGAAGGAGUCGAUUCUCUGACUGUCAGCGAACUGCAAUCAGCCUGUCGAGCACGCGGCAUGAGAGCACUCGGUGUUAGCGAAAUUCGCCUCAAAUCCCAAUUACUUCAGUGGCUUGAUUUGAGUCUAAAUGAAAAAGUUCCUCCCUCACUGCUGCUCCUUUCCCGCGCACUCUACCUACCCGACAGUGACGUUACUUCUGAUCAACUCAAGGUAACCAUCGCCUCGCUGCCGGAAUCAGUAGUUGCUCAGACCCGUGACGCCAUCAGUCAACGUCGUGGUAAGAUCGACAACGAAGCACGUAUUUUGGCCUUGAAGUUGGAAGAGGCGAUGAUUGAGGAAGAACGUCAAGAAUCCGCUCAAAAAGUGGUUCCAGCCGCUGCUGCCCUGACACCGCCUUCUGCUUCUGAAAUGCUGGCAGAUUUGGCCCCCGCCCUUCAAGAUAAAGCCAAGGUGUUGACACCAGCGUCAGCCGCCAGCGAUCAAUUGACUUCAGCUGAUGUCGCUGCUUUGGAAAAUGCCCUGGAAAGUAUUGGUGUUCAGAGGAAGCGUCUUUUGAUUGAGAAGGAAGAAUUGACAGAGCUCAAAGAAGAAAUGGCUGAAUACCAAGAGGACAUUGAAGAGUUGAAAGAUUUCUUGGAAGUGUCGGCUAGCCAACAGCCUCCAGAAAGAAAGCGAUUGGUUUUACGUGAAUCAAAGGCAGCCCGACGUUUGUUCCGUUCGGUCAAUCGCAUGAUUCAGAAACUUGACGGCACCGUGGAUCGCCUAGAAGGAAGAACAGUACGCAAGACGGAUGAAGGUGAAGAAAACAUGGUUGAAACUGAGGAAGAAAAUGUCUCCAUAGAAGAAUUAAUUGCAUCAAUUCGGCGACUCCAAUCUGUUGAAAAUUCCGCCAAACUCCAGCAAAUCGUCCAGCUUCUUGCUCAGAUUGAUCAGGAUCGUGACGGAGUCGUCAAAGUUGAUGAUCUCAUGAAGGUGAUUGAACUGUUGAGUGAUGAGAAGAUUCAGAUGAGCCCCAAACAAAUGACAGAAAUCCUCAAUCUGGUCAACAAAGAAGAAAUUCUGGAGAUGGAAGAAAAAGUCGAAAAGGCUCUGGGCCAUGCUAAGAUAGCCGCAGCUCAUGCUGCAGCUGCCGCGGUCAACGUCGCUCUUCGGGCAAACCCAACACAAACAAUAUCUGCCGAAAAACUUCCUAUGGAAGAAGACUUGAAAAACAGUGAAAAGAAGGAAGAAGAAAAUAAAGGCACGAAGAAUGAGUAAAAGAGUUGGCACGAUAGCAACGUUUUUCCAAAUCUUGUACAGGUCCAAACUUGAUGGAUUAGUUAAUCCCAUUCAGUUGUCACUAGACGAUUUUAAGUGCCGACCAGGUGUAACUAAAAAAGCGCAUUCUUUCAUCAACAGUUUAAAAAUUUCUGGUUAUGUAUGUUUUUUUUUCCCUUUGUUUUUUUUUUUUUUUUUUGUUUUUUUGUUUUCUUUUUAAAAAUUAAUAGUAGAUCAUUUUACGUCAACAAAUUGAUGUUGACAUAUUAUUCCUCGCUUCGAACAGACAGUUGGGGCAAUAAGUAAAAAAAAUUUUACGCCGGUGAGAUAGAAUAGAAAUUCGGACGUUUGGGACUGGACUUCUAUUUAAUCUAUUAUCUACAGAUGACCAUACAGGCGUUCGAAAAAGAUCAUGUGCUGCCCCAAAUGUUGUCAACAUAAUUAUGCUUGUCCAACUUAAGAUGGGAAAGUUUUGAAUGGGAAUGAGCAAUUUUAGCGCUUUCAACCGCUGUCGGCACUUGCGUUUUUUUUUAGUGGCAUCUAGCAGGAAACAAUAACAAAUGUCAGUUGAAGGGACUGAUCAAAAAAUUUGACUUUUGCGAACUUCCUUUCCUUUUCCUCGUCUCUUUCAUUAGCUCUUCGGUAUAAUUAAUAAUAAAGUGACGGGAGGAAAAAAAAAAUCUUUUGAAAGUUAGCCGUGCAACAUUAAGUCGUGACUGGCUGGCGUCAUACAUUUUAGCUUAAUUUCAAUUGUUUAUUUGAUUGGCAUGGUUAUGUCAGUGUCAGGGAGAUGCCACAUAGUUUUCUUUUUUUGUAAAUUUUUCAUUACCACGAACUGAUUUAUGUAAAAAAAAAAAAGUAAAAAAAAUAUAAAAAAAAUUGUCGCUUAGUACAGGAUCGCUAUCACAGGCAUCUUGUUGCGACAUUUGUCCCUAUUUCCUGUUCCUUCUGUUUGUUCUUGUUAUGCCGCGUGCAAUUCUUCACGAGUUGCGGCGUGCUAAAGAAAAAAAAAAUUCAUUUUUCCAUCUAAA